AUGAUUUCCCGCCAAAAAGCGCUUCUCUGUGUUAUCUGUAUUCUGUCUGUCAUCUGUCGCAGUUACUAGCGUAGAAUCUUUUAUCUGCAAUACUUGUACCUACUUUUUUUUUUUCUGCCUACUCUGAGAGCCUUGAGAGGCUAUUUCAGCGUAACCUUAACUAGUAGGUGAGCUCACGGGGCUCAAACCUGACGACGUUGCUAACACGAACCCUAGCAAGAGCCGUGAUUCCCGGAAUCUACCACCGGAUCGGAAACGCGACCAACAUGAUUGUCGCGGAAUUCUGGAAAGUGAGUUACCUUUGGUGGCUCCUCCCGGCUCUCAUCAUAGCUGGCCUGAUCGCCAUACUAGGUCUCAUUGGUGUACUCUUCGCCUUACAUCUGUACGUUAAGUGGACUUGUGGUAUUUACAACGGGAAAACCAAAAUGGACGGGAAGACGGUAAUAGUUACAGGAUGCACUAGCGGAAUAGGAAAGGAAACCGCCAGGGAAUUGGCUCAGAGAGGCGCUCGAGUCAUAAUGGCCUGCAGGAAUAUGGACGCCGCUGAGAAAGUCAAAGCUGAAAUCAUCGAAACAACUAGAAACACCAAAAUAGAAGUCAAGAAACUCGAUCUCAGUUCAUUCGCGUCUAUCAGAGAAUUCGCUAAAGACAUCAACAAAACAGAAGCCCGUCUGGAUGUCCUUGUGCACAACGCAGGAUACGCCGAAACAUUUAAAAAGAACACAACAGUUGAUAACCUCGAAAUGACUAUGGCCACAAACCAUUACGGUCCCUUUUUACUCACUCAUCUGCUGAUAGAUUUAUUGAAGAAAACCGCGCCCUCGAGAAUCGUUAUAGUAGCAUCCUCUUUAUACAGACUUGCUUCGUUUGACUUAAACAAACCGAACCCUGUGGAUUCGAUUCCAGGGUAUCUGUACUACGCUUCCAAAGAAGCGAAUAUUCUGUUCACAAAAGAAUUGGCCCGGAGAUUGGAAGGUACUGGGGUUACAGCUAACUGCCUGCACCCUGGACUAAUCGAUACGGGCAUCUGGAGAUCAGUCCCGGCACCAUUAAGUUGGGGCUUAAACUUGAUUAACAAAUGCUUCUUUAAGACUCCAGAGCAGGGUUGCCAGACUACAAUAAUGUUAGCAGUUGAUGAAAGUUUAGAGAAAGUGAACGGAAAAUACUUUUCUGACUGUCAGGAGAGUUCGGUGUCUCAAUCAGCUAGUGACAUGGCAAAAGCUAGGAAAUUAUGGGAGAUAUCUGAGAAAAUAGUUAAUCUUGAGGAGACUGACCCAAGAAUUUUGUAAUACAGCUUUACGAGUUCAAAUAUAAAUACCUAAUUAUAAGGGUCUUUAUGGCAACUCUCUACUGACAACGCUAUUUGUAAAGCCAAUUUAAUAUGGCAAUGUUAAUUUAUACUGCCUAAAUAAUAAAAUUUCUAGAUCAUUGUGUUACAAUAUCUGAACAUUAAUCAUUAAGUCUGAUAUCCGUGAUAUACAACAUGUUACAAAAUACCCCGAUAAAAUAUUAUUAUUUAUCAAACCCAAAAAUUUUGUCAACCCUAGUAAGCUGUCAUGUCAGGGAACCAGAUUAUUUAACAGAAAGGCCUACAUACCUAUUUUACCUAAUAAUUGUCUACUUUAUUGUUUUUCUAUUAUUCAUUCAUAAAUGUUUGCUACCUCAGUACAAAAUUGUCAUUAUACUCAAGUACUGGCUUCAAAAAAUGUCAAGUUGGAAAAAAAAAGUAAAUUUCAAAUCUUCUACUCGAUAACUUACAACUGUUUCUAGUAGAAAUGUAAGUACAUUCUGCGUAGUUAACUCUUUGAUUUUACUGAAAUAGGGUUGGCACAUCAGUGAAAAUAAUAAUAUUUUUUAUUUUUUUGGGGUAUGUUAUACAGCGUUACUACGCUUCUUAAAUAUUGUGAAUGGACUCGUUAUAAGGCCCCAUUUAACCUUCUUCCUGCUUUACGGGUAGUUUUGUAACACCCAGUAUAUCUAUCAAAUUCUAGUUACAAAAUAAUAUAAUAAUUCUAAGAUAAUGUACAUACAUUUCUACAAAGGCAGAGGUUUUUCUUUAAAAAAAUUUAAUUUUCAUAAUUGUGACCAAAGGUUAAGACAAGUCGACGAGAGAAACAUGAAUAUCGACACUUGAAAGGCAAACGUGACUAAGCGACAAUGCGUGAACUUUACAGUAGACUAAUUUAAAGUUGAAAUACCUGAAAAAAAAAUUUUUUUAACGAAUCUAGCUGUAGUAGAAUCUAGCUAGUAGCUGUAGGAUUGAAAUGGUUUUAAUAGACCUAGAAAUAUAUUUUUUUUGCGCAUCGAAUAUGAUUAUUUUGUACAAAGCAGUUAUUGUCGCUUAGUCACGUUUACCUUUCAAGCGUCGAUAUGUAUACAUAAAAGCGAUUCUUCCAUUCUGAUCCUGAUCAUCCUGAUGUGAAGUCCAGAUAUAUUAUACUAUGAUGUUUACUAUAUAUUACUCUUACUUUAUUAGUAAUAAAAAAGUUAUCGUUAUAAUAAAAACCCUUUUUUAUGUA